AUGACUGCUGGUGCUGAUUUGAGUGACUGGCAAAUGACCUCGAAUAAUAUGUGGUCUUGAUCUUACUGCCAUGCUUAUUGUCUUUCUGAAAGAAUUCCAGCUGCUGAUGUUGCCAAGAGAAUGACAAAGAUACAUGAAAAUUGCACAGAAUGUGGAGCACAGGUUUGCAACCUUGAUCACCUAUGUCUGAGUGAAAUGAGAGUUCAUUUGAGAACUUGUGAACAGUGUAUAGGAAAAUAUGGACCUGUAUAGGAGCUUAGAAAUGCUAUACCAAGAUUAUGA